AUUUCGGCACUCUCUACUACCAGAGAGAAGCCUGCUUCUCUCUGCUACUACUAAAGAGAAUCUGCACAGGAGAACUUACCGCUCUUCGAUUUUGCGGUUUUCCGUACACCGGAACGAAGAUGCUACCAGGAAAAAUAUAUUCUGAUUGCUGUAACAAUUGGUUCUAUGACGCCCAUUACAAUAACAAAUACAUCUAUCAUCAAAUUAAUAGUUUUAUUUUCAUUAUUUAUUAUAUAUAGCGUCGAAACGAUGAUGCAAAUUAGGCACUGUAUACACUAACGGCUGUAACAAUUGGUACUGUACGUGAUGCACCGCAUCACAGAAUUAAUGGUUACAGCCAUCAAAAUAUAACGUCGAAACGAUGAUGCAAAAUUGGGACAGUUUAUUUUGAUGGCUAUAACAAUUAAUUGUGACGUCAGAAGCAAGAAAGUAUAAUAAUAAUCACAAUAAUAAUCUUGUAAAAUAUAUUUAAAUAGAAAUAUUUUUCAGUAAAACAUUCGAAAGAAUUUGCAAUCGGUAGAAAAGACCUGUAAGAUAUCGAAAAUUACCUUUCUGUUUUGAUGAGAAAUUAAAUUGAUUUAUUUCUAUAUAUUAAACUAAUUCGACAAUUUGUCACAGCUUUGAAUUUAGCUUAUUUCAUUUUUGUAUAAUUAAUUUCCAGAUAUAUUUAUUUAACAAUAAGGAGAGUUUUCGGUAUUUUUACAAAUCGAUUCAAUCGAUUGUGAGUGUUGAUUUAUUGAAACAUUUCCAUACAACAUUAUAUUUUUGAAUUUUACAAGAAUUUUUAUUGUGUACUUUCUCGUGUCUAAUGUGACAAUUCUUAGAUAGUAGUGGUGAGUGAACAGGAACUUUAAGAAAAAGAAUCUAAAAGAAUCGUGGUGUAGUUCACUUAAUGCUGCAAACGUUUUGAAAUAUUUAAUUUCAAAACAUUUAAUAGGGAUCAAUCAGAGUUUUACUAAUUGACCAAUCAAAGAACGCUUCAAUUAAAGCAUUAUUUGUAGUGUCAGGUGGACCUUGGUCGCACAGAACGCGAUAUUUCUCCUCCCACGAUUUCCUCUCACAUUUCCUCGAUGUUUAGUCAUUUUGACAAAUACAUAUACACAGCGUAUAUACUCUAUCAGGGAUUGUAAAAUAUGGCACAGAGUUAAAAUCGUUGGACACCGUUCAAUACGCGUCCCAUUGCGCGAUAUUUGUAGAUUUACAAAUUUAUACUGUACACGUAAUCGCGAUAAAUAUUCGAACGAGCAACGUCAGUUAUAUCGCAAUCGUCGGGCAAACGGCUCGAUGUGAUUCGCGUAAAAUUAAUAAUAAAUCAUUCACGAGUCUGGCCUGAUCCGCGACAGGCGUCAGUCGCGAGAUAAGGAAUCAAAUUGCAAACAGUUCAAAUCGAGCGUCGUCGGGUUGACAAUAAGUGUACCGUCGCGGGGGAUCCGAAUUGCAAAAUGGGCGCCGAUCCCAGACGCACGGUCCUGGUGACCGGCUUCGGCCCGUUCGAUACACACUUGGUGAACGCCAGUUGGGAGGCGGUAAAGGAAUUGCAGAAACUUUGGGAGAACUCCGUGGAAUUUUCCGACGUUAAACUGGUCGCGGAAGAGGUUCCGGUUUCGUACGAUUACGUAUUCGAGCAUGUCCCUCAGCUCUGGAAGGAACACAAUCCUUCGAUUGUCUUGCACGUGGGUGUGUCGCACAAAGCCAAAUUUUUAACGAUAGAGCGUCACGCUUACAGCAACGGCUACGACAGGCUCGACGUAUGUAAUAAAUGCCCCGACGAAACGGACGUCGUGUGUAACGUCUUGGAAACUGGGAUAGAUGUCGAGGAACUUUGCGACAAUGUGAAUAAAAAUUCCGAGAGAAGCGGCUGCAAGGCCUACCCCUCGCAAGACGCCGGCAGAUAUUUGUGCGAAUAUAUAUUUUAUCAGUCUCUCUCUAUCGAGCCGACAAAGACUCUGUUUGUACACGUUCCGGAUUUUCACAAGUAUUCCAGUGUACAAGCUGCAAAUGGUUUAUACGAUAUUUUAUAUUGCCUACUAAGAAAUUUGAAAUUCUGUUAACAGUCUAUUAACUACCAGUAAUUAAUAAUAAGAAACAAUAAUAUAAUUUCAUAUAUAAAUGCACUCAAGGCCUAUGUACUUUCUUACGCAUAUGCAAUAUAUGAUAAAAAUGGAAAAGUUAAGAAUGUAAGAUAGAAAGUACUACGACGUAAUAUCAAUUAACGCAAUGUGAUAUUAACAUGGGACAUGGCGUACGAUUAUAACAAAUACAAAUUUUAUUUUUGCUGUA